GUACUUUAAAAAUAAUUUACUGUUGCGUGUUUGUAAAUGAAAGUUUUCUAAUCAGAUUGCAAUUCUUAUACGAUAAAUUCAAUAUAUGUAUAGUAUUAAAUGAAUAAAUAAAUAAAUAUUAAAGUUGAGCUAGUAAUAUUGAUGAUGACUUAACUAGCAACUAAUCUUUAGUCUCUAACCACUGUGUUCAAGGCGGAAAGUGUGUGAUGGCCGUAUUUUACAUUUGUAGAGAAACACGGCUUUGAGAAAAUACAAAAAUUACGAAAAGAAGACUUUAAUACAAGAUGAAUUCUUUAAUUCGUACAAGAGCAAAAAUAAUUGGUCAUGGUAGAACCAUUUGCCGAUAUAAUACGAAUCAAAUAUAUGGAAACUUGGCACUUAUUUACUCUGAUGAAAGGAGUCUAAAACACAAUAGAAUAUUAAUACAUUCAAAGACAACAGGAAACUGUAAUAAUAUUAGUGAACCAUAUUUACAAUUCCGUACAUUUUAUACAUCGCCAACAUGGAAUGGUCAAGAAUCAUCUUCCAAAGUAGAAGACACAGUGAAAAAUAUCAAGGAGCAGAAAGAUCUCAAAGAGAAAGUAGAAGGAACUGUUGUGCAGGCUACUCCAAAAGCAGUAGUAGAAAAACCUCCAUUAUGGCAAAGGGUUAAGGCAGAAAUACUUCAUUAUUAUCACGGAUUUAGAUUAUUGGGUUUAGAUAUAAAAAUUUCAGCAAAACUAGUUUGGAGAAUUUUGCAGGGUAAAGAACUGAGUAGAAGAGAACAUAGAUUGCUUGUAAAAACAACUGGCGACUUAUUUAGGCUCAUUCCUUUCUCUGUUUUCAUUAUUGUUCCUUUUAUGGAAUUUUUGUUACCAGUUGCUAUUAAGCUUUUCCCUGGUUUACUACCAUCUACUUUUCAAACAGCGAUGGAAAAGGAAGAUAAAUUGAAGCAAGCGCUAAAGAUUAAAAUCGAGAUGGCUAAAUUUUUACAAAAAACUUUGGAUGACAUGGCAGUACAGUCAACAGAUUAUAGGUCACAGAGGGCUAAGGAAUUUGCAGAAUUUUUCUAUAAAGUUCGAAGUUCUGGUGCUACUGCUUCAAACGAAGAGAUCAUGCAGUUUAGCAAACUUUUUGAAGAUGAAAUUACAUUAGACUCUCUUUCUCGACCACAAUUAGUGGCACUGUGUAGAGUAUUAGAUGUGCAAACUCUAGGAACAACAAAUUUCUUACGAUUUUUACUCCGAAUGAGGCUCAGGAGUCUUUCUGCAGAUGAUAAGCUGAUAGAAAAGGAAGGUAUAGAUUCUCUUACUAGGAGUGAGUUACAGCAAGCCUGUAGGGCACGUGGAAUGAGAGCAUAUGGUUUACCAGAAAGCAAACUGAAAGAGCAAAUGUCUCAAUGGUUGGAUUUGAGUUUGAAUAAAAAAGUACCGCCAUCGUUAUUACUUCUCUCGCGAGCAUUAAUGGUUCCAGAAUCGAUACCUAUGUCGGACAAAUUAAAGGCUACCAUUUCAGCUCUUCCCGAUACAGUUGUUGCUCGUACUCAGGGAGCUAUAGGGGAAAAAGAAGGUAAAAUGGACCAUAAGACAAAUAUUGAAAUAAUUAAAAUGGAGGAGCGUAAGAUUGAGGAGGAGCGGCAAGAAAAGAAAGAGACUGAGCCAGAGCCAAUAGUUGCUAUGCAAAAAUCUGACGAAAUUACGAACAAAGACGUGAAAGUAUUAGAGCAAGCUUUAGAUUCUAUUGGAAAGGAUAAACAAAACAUGUCGAUCGAAAAGGAGGAAUUAAAAGAGUUGAAGGAAGAAAUGGCUGAUUAUCAAGAAGAUAUAAAAGAACUUCAUGAAAUCAAAGCGGCCGCUAGGGGUCAGGAAGGUGUAGAUAACAUUAAAGAAUCUAAGGGCGCUAAACGACUAUUCAAUAAAGUAAAUAAGAUGAUCGAGAAAAUGGAUGCAGUUUUAAAUCAGCUUGAAUCUGAAAAAAAACUGAAACAGAAGGCUGAGACUGUUAAUGUAGAUGAAUCUUCCUCUAUCAAAAAUGCUGAAGAAUUAAUUAAAAUAGAGGAACUAAUUACAGCUAUUAAGAAAAUUCAAAAUGUACCUGAUCAACAUCGGUUACAACGCAUAGUAGAAAUUUUAUCGAAAAUGGAUGACGACAGGGAUGGUGCAAUAAAGAUUGAAGAUGUCCUGAAGGUAGUGGAGUUAAUCGGAAAGGAAGAUAUUAAAUUAAGCAAGAAACAAGUACAUGAACUAAUCGAACUAAUUGAUAAAGAGGAAAUAUUGGAAAUAGAAGAACAAAUUCAAAGGUCAUUACAGAAGGACCCAGCACCUGAAAUAAAUGAGAUUCCUGGUGAAAAAUAUGUUUCACCAAAAUCUCCAGUUCCUGCUACUCCAGUAACGACUGAAAAAGGUUUUGGUAAAGAGGAAUUAGAUGAAGAUUACGUAGGAAACUCGUCCGAACAGAAAAGAAAAAAUGCUGCGAUGCUUAAAAGCAAAUCUUCUGAUUCAGUGAGAAAUUCUCCAUUAGCACCUGGUGUUCCACCAACGACAAAAAAAGCGGAAGGCUCUAAGCAGCUAUGAUUACCACAUAAUGAACUAUAAAUUAAUGUAUGUAAUUAUUAAUACAAUCUUUUUAUCAGAUAUUAAUCGCAGGAGAUAUUGCGCUGUCAUCUCCAUAAAUAUUUUCAUGCAUACAUUUUUUUAGUAAAUGAGUUCAUACAUAGUAAAAUUUUUUGGAAAGGCAUCAGGGAUAUAGAAGUCGUUAUAAAAUAGUUUUGUAUGUAUUAAAGGGCUUCAUAAUGAAACGCAACCUAUACCUGAUCUCGACUUAGAAAAAUUUGACUAAAAACGUUGACAGAAUUUUGACCGAACUUUUAUAUUUAUUAUCACAACAGAUUUUGUUUCUUUUUAAUUAAGAUUACGAUGCAUUUAGCAGCAUCAACGUGUUAUAGAUUGGAGUACCAAUUGCAAGAUAUCUGUGCUGGUCACAAAAAUAUUAACUUGCAUACAAA